AUGCAGCCAUUUCGCCAGCAACUCACGCGGGCUGCCUGCCGCUCCGGCGCCAGCGGCCUCACAAAAUCUCUCGCGCCGGCGACCUACGCAACGAUAAGCCCUUCACAGGCUCCCGGCCAGCCAGAGGGCUACGCGAAGACCGGCCUCAACCUGCGCAUCACAAAGGACACCAAGGUCGUCUUCCAGGGCUUCACGGGCAAGCAAGGAACUUUCCACGCGACGCAGGCCAUCGAAUACGGCACAAACGUCGUUGGAGGCACGAACCCCAAGAAGGCUGGCAUCGAGCACUUAGGCAAGCCUGUCUUUGCGAACGUCUCAGAUGCCGUGAAGCAGACGGGCGCGGACGCUUCGGCGAUCUUUGUGCCUCCUCCGCUUGCUGCGGCCGGUAUCGAGGAAGCUCUGCAGGCUGAGAUCCCGCUCGUGGUCUGCAUUACAGAGGGUAUCCCACAACACGACAUGGUGCGCAUUACAGAUAUGCUUAAGACACAGGACAAGACGAGAUUGGUGGGACCAAACUGCCCCGGCAUUAUUGCUCCGGUGAGUACAAGCUGUGUUUCUACAUUUUCUUACAGCCCCGAGACAUUUUCUUACAGCCUUCUCGGGGCUUUUUUCAUGAUGAGACGAUUUAAUAUUACAAAAUAUGAUAGGAAGAGUCUGACCUGUCAAAUGGCGGGAUUGAUUAUGCUUACAUACUCUGAGCACGCACCUUGUGUAUACUUUAUAUCUGCAAAGCAACCUUAUCUCGACAUUCCGCGGUCGGCUUUUGCUAACAACAUGGUGUUUGACAGGGUCAAUGCAAGAUUGGCAUCAUGCCAGGCUUCAUCCACAAGCGCGGCCGCAUUGGCAUCGUCUCUCGAUCCGGAACACUCACCUACGAGGCUGUCAACCAGACCACUCAAGCUGGCCUCGGCCAAUCCCUCGUCGUCGGUAUCGGUGGUGACCCCUUCUCCGGCACCAACUUCAUCGACUGUCUCCGCGUCUUCCUUGCGGACGGUGACACCGACGGCAUCAUCAUGAUUGGAGAAAUCGGAGGCUCAGCGGAAGAAGAUGCUGCGGAUUUCUUGAAGGAGUACAACACUGGAGGAAAGGACGGCAAGGGCAAGCCAGUUGUCAGCUUCAUUGCUGGUAUUUCUGCACCUCCAGGACGGAGAAUGGGACACGCUGGUGCUAUUGUGUCCGGAGGCAAGGGUGGCGCCGAGAGCAAGAUCUCGGCUCUUGAAGCUGCGGGUGUGGUUGUGGAGAAGAGCCCGGCAAGCUUGGGUAAGACUUUGAGGGAACAAUUCAUCCAGCGGGAUCUUCUAUAG